CUCGCUGCGUUCUGCCUUUGUCUGUGUCCAGCUCCCCCCCUCAGUCAGUCAGUCAGUCAGUCAGUUGUGCCGCAGACGUCAACUCAGCAUGGCCUCUGUCUAGCGCGGGGAGCCUGGGACCUCACUAGACGUAGGUGACGGUCGAUGCUGACAACUGUACGCCACUCUGCCUUCAUCACUAUGGCAGCGCGUCACGCCUCUCGCUUCACCAACCACACGCCCAUCCCUCAAGGGCCUCAUGUGGUGGGCUGUGUGGAUGUCAUGUUGGGGCGCAGCAAGGAGGGGACUCUCAUGCGCCUGUACUACCCAUGCAAAGUCACAAGCCUACAGACCGAGGCUCACAACUGGACUCCGUGGUUCUUGGGGGAUGAGUACACUAAGGGCCUGGCCACCUUCAUUGCUCCGUCCAUACCGUCACUCUUCAGCAUGCUCUUCAACUGGAAAAUGAGGAACGUUGCCACACCGGCGGUCUGGGAGGCGGGUCUGUUGAAGAGUCAGCAAUGGCCGGUGGUGGUCUUCUCUCACGGUCUGGGCGCUAACCGGUCGAUCUACAGCACCGUUUGUACCGAGGUUGCGUCCCAUGGCUUUGUGGUCCUGGCGGUGGAGCAUAGGGACGGGUCAGCGUGCGGCAGCUUCACCCUGAGCGAGGAGGGGAGGCGCGAGCACAUCCUCUUCCAGUCCCUGCCGCCGGAGACCAAGGAGUAUGAGCUGCGGAAUCGACAGAUCCAGGUGCGUGUGCAAGAGAGUAUCCGAGCACUCGACGCCCUAUACAGACUUAACGAGGGGCAGGUGACCAAUGACCUCGACUCCUCGCUGGACCUCAAGCAGUUCAGCGGCAGCCUUGACCUCUCCGCCCCCGUCAUGAGCGGUCAUUCGUUCGGGGGGGUCACGGCCAUCACCACACUCGCCCGCGACAACAGGUUCAAAAUCGGAGUGUCGCUGGACCCGUGGAUGUUCCCGAUCAAGGACGAGGUGACAUCCGUGUGUGCGAGCGUGACUCAGCCUCUCAUCUGUAUCUCCACCGAAGCCUUCCAGUCUGACGCUAACCUCCAAGCCAUGAGUUCCCUUCCUUCCGAGAGCACCACCUUUGUGACCAUUAAGGGCACCGUGCAUCAGAACCAAUGCGACACCCCAUUCUUGGUGGGUAACAUCGGCCGUGCCUUCGUGGGUGUGUACUCGCCGCUUGACCCUCACACCGCCAUGGACAUCAACAACAGAUUAAUGCUUAACUUCAUGGCGAGGCAUUUAGACGGAUUUCCGCAGCUAUACGCCCAGACCAAGACCUUCCUCGAUACCUUCAAGAACAGGACACCCUAUGGCUUGUAUGGGGUGAGGAGGCCGCCCAACGUCACCUCUAAGCUCUGAGCGGCAUUACCGAACCCUGAUUUUUUUUUAUUAUUAUUAUUAUUUUUUUACGGGAAAGGAAGCAACUCAAGGGCAUGAAAAAAAGUGAAGGAAAUUAAAAAAAAAAUGGUAAUCGUUGCUCCUGAGAAAGAUGAACGUUAAGAGAGGUCAAGAGAGGUCAAUUUCAGGUAUAUGUAAUUGUCAUAUACGCGACAUGUGUUUUUCCCAACCCCAGACCUGUUUUUUAUUUUUUAUUUAUUUAUUUAUUUUUUUUUUUUUUUAUCUUUUUUUUUGGUGACGAUAUAUUUACCGUCGCUCUGUUUUCUAGCCUAAAGUUAAUAGCUCAAGGUUAUUUAUAUGUAUUUUAUUAUUAUUAUUAUUAUUAUUAUUAUUAUUAUUAUUUUUAUCGCUCGGUCAUGGCAGCGAGACGGCCGAGAGAGAGAGAGAGAGAGAGAGAGAGAGAGAGAGAGAGAGAGAGAGACUGCCAUAUAGUUAUUACCAUUAGUCUUUCUAUUAGGGGCAUUUUGGAGGUAUGGAGGCAUGGAGGAAAAAUUGUCUCUCCACCUCCUCCUCCUCCUCCGACCCACAGAGCAUAGUCACAUCGGAGGCAUUGAUUAGUGUGUGUGUGUGUGUGUGUGUGUGUGUAUUAAGGGCAUUAUCGGAGGUAUGGAGGAAAAAUUGUCUCUCCUCCUCCUCCUUCUCCUCCAACACACAGAGCAUAUUCACAUUGGAGGCAUUGAUUAGUGUGUGUGUGUGUGUGUGUGUGUGUGUGUGUGUGUGUGUG